GAACUAUUCAGUGAAACAGUAAAGUUUUUAUGGACAAUGGCCAGCAGUGAGAACUUUACAGCUCCUGGAGUGUCCCUGGAAGAACAAGCGCAUAACAAUCUGAUGAUGGUGAUAGCCACACUGACAUGGCUCAUGCUCAGCUGCUUGACUCUGCUAAUAUAUUGCUGCAAUUACUGGCAAGUUUUGAGACCGCGAAGACACCGAGAAGAAUUCGAAUCGCUGGAGAGCAUACCAUUAUCACUGGUUGAUUUGCAGGGAAAACACUCAUGCAGGGAAAGCGAGUAACAAAGGAGGAGAACAAGGACGAGGUCCAACAGCUGUCGGCGAUCAUCCUUGGGCCUUGACACUGGCCAUAUGCCCCUGUGCAACAGCAGCAGCAGCAGCAGCUUUCAUUUCCAUUUUCCAUUUCCGUUUCCGCUAAGUUAAUUCCAUACGACAACAGAAAAAAAAAAAAAAAAC